AUGCCAGCCUCUCUGGUGUCGCAAGCCGUUGGGAAGACCUCACCGUCAGUUGUUCUGGCGGAGAUCGCGCAGACACCUGCGAGUUUGCCGAACAAGCUAUGGCAGCUAGAAGGUGCCCUAGAGUUCGAGUUAGUCGAUGUUACAGCAGCGGGGCUGCACAGACUGGGUGGCCGCGCAAAACUGAAGUCUGUUCCGGUUUUUGUGAUAUGGACCCCUUAUAGAAACGUCUAUGCAUCGAUCUCGGAUCUGCGUAACAACAUCGACGAGCUGAAGAAUGAGACUGCAAAGACCGAUGCCAAGAUCGACGAGACAAAGAGCGAGCUCGAGGCCAAGAUCGACCAGCUCGAGGCCACGAUCGACCAGACAAAGAGCGAGCUCAAGACAGACAUUCAGACCAUGCAGCAAAAGAUCACUGCUGCUAUCAAAACAUAG